GCAUGUGGUAAUAAUAAUAUACAUGUAGUCCUGAAAACUCAUCGAUUAUUCUAAUGUAGGUGCUUGUAGGGCUCCAAAUCUACCCGGCCUUACCCGCGCUGUUUAAAAAUGAUUGCAAAAGCAUUGGUCAUAUGUUUAUCGAUAACAGGCCCCCUAAGUAAAACGCAAGACCAACCUUACCCAACGCUUACCGCAACAUAUCUACCGAUAAAGCAACAGAUGAUCCUACACUGGAGCGUGCUUUAAAUUUUGAGGCGAUGUCUUCUAGUUCCGGAGGCCGAGCGCCGAUGCUUACUGACUCUGGCAAAAAAAAAAUAGAUAUACUGCUCAGUAAUCUGCCUGGUGAUGAAGACUGGUUUAGGGAUGAAAGCGACGUUCAGGCACUGCGUGAGCGACUUACAAGUGCUCGAAUAUCUCGUGAAAUGAGAUGGUGCGAUAUUUUUAUAGAAUAUCAUAACUUAUUAGAGGAGCUUGUCGAUGGUUCGUUUGAAAAUGAGGCCCGCUAUUUAAUGAUUAUAAUAAUUGCUACGGGCGUGGUGGCAAUCGAGUCGGCGCCAAGACGGCACACCAACGAGCACAACCAACUCAAAGAGGUUGUGUACAGUGCGAUAAGACGAUGUUUCCGGAAGAUGGGAUCAGUAGGCAAAUUGGACAAUAAGUUUAUACAGCGACAUUUGGGCAGAGCGCGGGAUGGCACCCAGCUACUGAAGUCACUCGACUGUCAUCCUUUCUUUUCGCGUAUCUACGAGCUUCCAUAUCUAGUCCCUGUGAUGCUGUCGCUGUUUUUAAGUCUAAGUUAUAAGGGUAGCAAAGAUUACAUCAGACAAGAAAUACUGGCCAGAGCAUCAAUACCGCCUCAAAUUUGGGACUCAGCUAGUAUCUCUAUACCGGAUUUGGUGAACUCUAAUCUCAAGGGCAAAGUAAGGUGAGCUAAAUCACUCCAUGGUCAUGCUUUAGCACCGACUAACAUAAAACAUAGCCUUGCGGCAAUACACAACUUAUUGGACAAACCAGGCACUCGUCAAGUUGUCGCUGCAUUAGACGAGUUUUGGCUUAUUGGAUAGUCAGAUAGGACAAAGCGAAUAUUUCC